GCGGGGGCGGGGCAACGCCCUGACUGACAGGAGGAAGUCCCGCCCCUCGACCCAGCCUGGCCGCACUCAUUGGCUGCUCCGACUCACGCGGGCUCCCAUUGGUCGGAGCCGCGGCGUGGGCGGGACCAGCGGAGCCCAGGAAGCGGCGGCGGCCCCGCGGAGGCUUUUCCUGCCCGCGGCCGCGGAGCGGAGCGGGGCGGGCGGACCCGCCGGGCCGCGCUGCAGUGGGAGAUGACGACGCUCACGCACCGGGGCCGGCGGGCGGAGGGCAGGAGCGCGGAGAAGAAGGCGGACGGCGAGGAGGAGGUGGCUGCGGACAGGGAGCUGAACGAGGACGAUCCCGAUGACUCCAAAGACAUCCGCCUCACGCUCAUGGAGGAGGUGCUGCUCCUGGGGCUGAAGGACAAGGAGGGCUACACGUCCUUCUGGAACGACUGCAUCUCCUCGGGGCUGCGGGGCGGGAUCCUCAUCGAGCUGGCUCUGCGCGGCCGCAUCCGCCUGGAGCCGCUGUCCCUGAGGAAGAAGAGGCUGCUGGAGAGGAAGGUGCUGCUGAAGUCGGAUGCUCCCACUGGGGAUGUGCUGCUGGAUGAGACCCUCAGGCACAUCAAGGCCACGGAGUCAGCAGAGACGGUUCAGACCUGGAUAGAGCUGCUCACUGGAGAGACCUGGAACCCCUUCAAGCUGCAGUACCAGCUGCGCAACGUGCGCGAGCGCCUGGCCAAGGCUCUGGUGGAGAAGGGCAUCCUGACCACGGAGAAGCAGAACUUCCUCCUCUUCGACAUGACCACCCACCCCGUCAGCAACGCCUCCGAGAAGCAGCGCCUGCUGAAGAAGCUCCAGGAGAGCGUCCUGGAGCGUUGGGUCAACGAGCCCCAGCGCAUGGAGCGCAGGACUCUGGCCCUGCUGGUGCUGGCCCACGCCUCGGACGUGCUGGAGAACGUUUUCGCCAGCCUGGCCGACGACAAGUACGACGUGGCCAUGAACAGGACCAAGGACCUGCUGGAUAUGGACCCUGAGGUGGAAGCUGCCAAAGGCAAGGGCACGGAGAUGAUCUGGGCCGUGCUGGCGGCCUUCAAUAAGUCCUAAACGCUCCUCACACGGCGUGGGGCUGAUCCUUGAUGGGUCCCAUCAGGGGGACCCCACACCCCACCUGGAGUCUCAUCAAGGGCACCCCUCUCCCCAGAGGGACCCUGAGGUGGGAGCUGCCAAAGGCAGGGCCACGGAGAUGAUCUGGGCCGUGCUGGUGGCCUUCAGUAAGUCCUGAACUCCUCCUCACGUGGGGUGGGGGUGAUCCUUGAUGGCUCCCACCCCAGGGUCUCCCCACGGGGACCUGGAGCUCCUGGGGCACUGGGCGGGCUCAGCCUGGGGAGGGACCAGGGGAUUUUGCUUUUCCCCUCCCCAGGUAGGGCUGGGAGGUGAGAACCCCCCACCACCACCACAGCCCCUGGUGCCUCUGGGGAGAGGUGGCCGCAGCUCUUCACUCCUUGCCCUUGGGCAUUUCCUUCUGAGGCCAGUGCAGAGCCGGGGGUGGCACAGCCGGGGGUGGCCCAGGAGCUGCUCCAAGAGGCCAAACCCUGGCACAGAGGGGCUGGGACAGCUCCUGGGUGCCUCUCCCACAGUCAGGGCCUGCCUGGGAGCUCUGGGGGUGCCCCUGAGGAGCUCACACCCUCCUGGGGUGGGUUUGGGGGUGUUGGGCAGCCGGGAGCACCCCCAUCCCUGGCACCCAAAGCUCCCCCGCGUGUCUCCAUGCAGGAGCAGCUCUGCAGAGCCCCCCGGGCUGUGCCCCCAUGGCUCAGCUGCUCUUUCUAGUAAGAAACCAAGUGAAGCUGUGAUUAUUUUUGUUCACAACCCCCUUCCUUCCUCCCUCCCUCCCCCACUUUAUUCUCCUGUAGUUCACUUAAAACUUAAGUGUUUCUCUGCA